ACAGGAAGCAUGUCUCAUCAUUUGCCGCUUGACUGUGACGUAAUAAAAUCUUCAUUGCGGAAGUAACAGAGAAACAAAAGUGACUUCGUUGGUGUAAACGUCUGUAGAAACUUUAUUUCCCUCCGAACCGGGACGGAACCGAACGCUCCAUCAUGGCCAACGACGUUUACUCCUCCACGACUACUCCAAACCCAGAGUCUUCCUGCUUCAAGGUCCCCUCCAAACUCCUGGAUAAAACUCGCUUCGUCCUGAAAGUCUGUGAAGUGCUUCUCUCCUUGGUGGCCUUCAUUCUGGAGGAGCUGGUCGGCAGCUGCUCCAGCUGCAACCCUCUCUACUUCUUUGAGUUUGUGAGCUGCACGGCCUUCCUCUUCACCCUCCUCCUCCUCAUUCUCCUCGCCACCCAUUUGCAUGAAAAGGUCAACAUCAGCUGCUGGCCCAAAGUGGACUUCUUUUACACGGCCAUCAUCACCGCCCUGUUCUUCAUCUCCUCCAUCACCUUCGCGGUGGACAACGGCAGAUCUGAACUGGAGACUGUGGCUGUGGUGUUUGGUUUCUUUUCGGCUGUGGUGUUUGUCGUGGACGUGGUCGUCUUCUUGAGGACAACAGGGUCCCCGCUCAGGGACAGUCAAGCUACAGAGUCUAACGGCACCCCGGUCACAGCAGAGGCAGAGAAACUGAACAACGGGGGUCACUAAGGGUCCUAAAGACCACACUUGUGUGAGUCUGCUUCAUCUAAAGGUCACAGAUUAUCUACUCUCACCUGGCAGCAGGUGGGUGGAGCUUCAGCUGCAAUCAGCUGAUCACUAUGGUUGUAUUCUUUUCAGUCCUGUUUUUAGUUGUUUUUCUGUCUGAGGGCGUUCUGUGCUCUGGAACUCCUCCUGAUCGGUUUGGGGUUUAACCCUGACCCUAAUCGGUACCAGAACAGAGAACCCGUCAGAACCCUGUGUUUUGGUUUAAAGUUUCAUGUAAAACUUUUGGAACAGGCUCCAAGUUUCACUGUUUCAGACACUAAAACUGCUGAACCACUAAAGGUUCUGCAGGACCUUCAGAACCUGGCAGGAUAUCCAUAAACCACCUGCUAGAGAUGGUCUGUCUAAGCCUUACAGAAUGGCAUCAGAGCCUUCAGAACAUUCCACAGCAGCAGAAACCCGAUGGUUCUGAUUCUUUAAAGUGAACUGGUUGGUGGUGUCCAGCAGGGGGAGCGUUUGCACCAACUUCCUAAAUCCUUUCAUUCUCCAGUGGGUUUAACGGGUUUAUUUACCCCUUUUUUAUUAUUUUUUUUAAUCAGAAUUUUGUUCUGGCUCUGUUGCUGAUGACAACAUUAGUGAAUGUAGAACUGGAUCAGAACCUGAACACAUUGAUUGCUGAGAGGACUCCCAACCCGAGCAGCUUUUUAAAGUAGAAUUUUGAGCCGGUCUGGGACACGUCCAUCCUCACUCAGGAGCAAGCAUUCCCAGAUCCUGACGUCAAAACAGAGUUUAGAGUCAGAGGUCAGCAGCUGAAUCAAAGGUUUUAAUGAUCCGUGUUAAGAAAUGAAGUGUAGGAUUGGAAUUAGUUGUUUUGUUUUAUAAUUUUUAUCAAAUAUAAAAGGUUUCUGACCACCCUGAAAAACAAACAUCAAUCAUCUUUAAAUCAAAAUUAUUUCAUCUCACUUUUUAAGCGACAAUCAGUUUUUAUAUUAAAAUAUUUGUAUUUUGGGCCAAAUAGGUUUUUCAUAGUAAAAGCAUGUAUUUUUUUAUGAAUUCUGUGUUUGUCGAUAAUGUAACUGAAUGAAGGCGCCGCUAUCUUUGUUACAUUUGGUUUAUCUUCCUGUCAUUUUAAUAAAAACAUUUUGGAUAAAAGGA